AUACGGAGCCUCUGCUUAUGGACAAGAUGUCGCAUACGGAGGUGCCGGAGGUGCCUCAUGGGGAGGUGCCGGAGGUGCUUUUGGAGGUGCCGGAGGUGCUUCAUGGGGAGGAGCCGACUUGGGAGCCCGGGAUUAUUCAUCAAUCAACUACGUAUAG